CUCUUCGCUCAAGCCACCAUCAUUUCCGAUCCAAUCUCUUGGCUCACUACUCCGCCGCCGCCGCCGCUGAAUAUGGAGGCCCGCCGGCGAUCGCUUAAACCUGUUCAAUCACUCAAGCCGGCGAUCGAAGUUGACGCGGCCAAAGCAUCCGACGCGUUGCCGCUUCCGUUGUACAUUACCAACGCCGUGUUCUUCACGCUCUUCUUCUCGGUGGUAUACUUCCUCCUCAGUCGGUGGAGAGAGAAGAUCCGGACAUCUAUACCGCUCCAUGUCGUGAAUUUCUCCGAGAUUGUCGCCAUCGUUGCUCUGAUUGCCUCCUUUAUCUACCUUCUGGGUUUCUUUGGUAUCGAUUUCGUUCAAUCAUUGAUCCUCCGCCCUUCUACUGAUGUGUGGAGCGCAGAGGAUGAUGAAGAAGAUGAGAUUGAACUGCGUAAGGAUGAUGCCCGGAAAGUACCCUGCGGUCAGGCGCUUGAUUGCUCUCUUCCUCCUGUUGCUACUUCACCUAAAGCAGCGGCACCGCCGAAACCGGUUGUCUCAGUCAUGAAGGUUUUUGAUGAAAUGCCUGUCCCUGUUACAACGAAGGAAGAUGAAGAGAUUAUCAAAUCUGUGGUGAACGGGACAACUCCAUCGUACUCCCUGGAAUCCAAAUUAGGAGACUGCAAAAGGGCGGCUGCAGUCAGACGGGAGGCGUUGCAGAGAAUCACUGGGAAGUCACUAGCCGGACUGCCCCUGGAGGGGUUCGAUUAUCAGUCAAUAUUGGGGCAGUGUUGUGAGAUGCCAGUGGGUUACGUGCAGAUUCCGGUGGGAAUUGCUGGCCCAUUGUUGCUUGACGGGAUGGAAUACUCCGUUCCCAUGGCAACUACGGAGGGAUGCUUGGUGGCCAGCGCUAACAGGGGUUGUAAGGCAAUUCACUUGUCCGGUGGUGCCACCAGUGUGUUGCUGAGAGAUGGGAUGACCAGAGCCCCUGUUGUAAGGUUUGAAACAGCAAAAAGGGCUGCUGAUUUGAAGUUGUAUUUGGAGAAUCCUGCCAAUUUCGAGUCCCUGUCUGUUGUCUUUAACAGAUCAAGCAGAUUUGGUAGGCUUCAAAGCAUCAAAUGUGCAAUUGCUGGAAAAAACCUGUACUUGAGAUUCUCUUGCAGCACUGGUGAUGCUAUGGGGAUGAACAUGGUUUCCAAGGGAGUCCAGAACGUUUUGGAAUUCCUUCAGACCGAUUUCCCUGACAUGGAUGUCAUCGGCAUCUCUGGAAAUUUCUGCUCGGACAAGAAGCCAGCUGCUGUCAAUUGGAUAGAGGGAAGGGGCAAGUCUGUUGUAUGCGAGGCUAUCAUCAAAGCUGAUGUGGUGAGAAAGGUCUUGAAGACUAGCGUGGAUGCCCUGGUGGAGCUUAACAUUCUCAAGAACCUCACCGGUUCUGCUAUGGCUGGAGCUCUAGGGGGCUUCAAUGCGCAUGCUAGUAAUAUUGUUACUGCAAUCUAUAUAGCUACUGGCCAAGAUCCUGCACAAAAUGUUGAGAGUUCGCAUUGUAUCACGAUGAUGGAAGCUGUUAACAAUGGGAAGGAUCUUCACGUCUCCGUCACAAUGCCUUCCAUUGAGGUUGGCACCGUAGGUGGUGGAACCCAGCUUGCAUCUCAAUCAGCAUGCUUGAACCUGCUAGGUGUCAAGGGUGCAAGCAAAGACUCACCCGGAGCACACGCAAGGCGCUUGGCAAGCAUUGUUGCUGGUGCAGUACUUGCGGGAGAGCUCUCUCUCAUGGCUGCCCUUGCAGCCGGACAGCUUGUGAAUAGCCAUAUGAAGUAUAAUAGGUCAAACAAGGAUGUUACAAAGGCGUAACUGACAUAAUGCGGAGGCUUGGAAUGCCUCAAAAUCUUGCAAAGAAUGCAAAACCAGUGAUAUAAACGAACCCUCAAUAAGCAUAGAUGGUGGGUUUCAGUUAUAGAAAGAAAAAAAAAAAAAAACAGGAUAGUUUGUAAUCUCCUUCCUUUCUUCAAGUUCCGCUCUUUCAUCUAAUUUUUUAAUAAUCAAAUGAAAGCCUUGUAUUACAUUAUGUAGAAAUACAAAAGAAGUUUAGUU